AUGUCAGGGGACACCUGUCUAACCAGCACCCUUUGUCCUGCUGCAGGGCCCAAGCCCAAAACCUGCAGCUUCAAAGGGGGCAGCCUGGGUAACAAGUACGUGCGGCUGAACGUUGGGGGCUCUCUCUAUUACACCACGGUGCAGGUGCUGACCAGGCAUGACACCAUGCUGAAGGCCAUGUUCAGUGGCAGGAUGGAAGUGCUCACCGACAAGGAAGGCUGGAUCCUUAUAGACCGUUGUGGGAAGCACUUUGGAACCAUCCUAAACUAUCUGCGAGAUGACACAAUUGCACUGCCAAAGCACAGGCAGGAGAUCAAAGAGCUGAUGGCAGAAGCCAAGUAUUAUCUCAUCCAGGGCUUGGUGGACAUGUGCCAAGCAGCCCUGCAGGACAAGAAGGACUUGUAUGAGCCUGUCUGUAGCAUCCCCAUUAUCACAUCUCCUAAAGAAGAGGAGAGGCUGAUAGAAUCAUCAAUGAAACCAGUUGUUAAGCUGCUUUACAAUAGAAGCAACAACAAAUACUCCUACACCAGCAACUCUGAUGACAACCUGCUGAAGAACAUUGAGCUCUUUGACAAGCUCUCCCUCCGCUUCAACGGCCGAGUGCUCUUCAUUAAGGAUGUCAUAGGGGAUGAAAUCUGCUGCUGGUCCUUCUAUGGGCAGGGCCGGAAGCUGGCCGAGGUCUGCUGUACCUCCAUAGUCUACGCCACGGAGAAGAAGCAAACCAAGGUUGAAUUCCCUGAGGCACGGAUUUACGAGGAGACACUGAACGUCUUGCUGUAUGAAACCCCUCGUGUUCCUGAUAACUCCCUGCUGGAAGCCACGAGCAGGAGCCGCAGCCAGGCCUCCCACAGUGAGGAUGAUGAGGGGCUGGAGCUCCGGGACCGCGUGCGCCGCAUCCACGUGAAGCGGUACAGCACCUACGACGACCGCCAGCUCGGCCACUAG